AUGUCUUCUCUUCCAUAUACUAUUCAGGAUAAGCUGAGAAUAUCAGAGAGUCUUGUCACUCACGAUAAUAUUAAUUUCUGUACGGUUUCCAUUUCUCCACCAAAAAAUACCUUGGUCAAGGGAAAGAUGAUGUUCAUUCAUGGGUUCUCGGAACAUGCUGGGAUGUACUAUAAGUUGAUGGAGACGUUCUCUGACCAAGGAUAUGAAUGUUUUACUUUUGACCAAAGGGGCUCGGGAAAGACCUCCUUGGGAAAAUACCGCGGACGUGUAGGAAGAACAAAAGAAAAGAUAUACACCGACGUGGAUAAGAUGAUGGAAGUUGCCUGGUUUGCUGACGAAAAGGAGGUUCAAGUCCCUCUCGUUUUAGUAGGCCACUCUAUGGGUGGAGGCAUUGCAUUAAGUUACGGGGUAAAGGGUAAAUAUCGCAAUCGUAUCUCAGAUAUUAUAGUAACUGGUCCUUUAAUCCAAUUGCAUGAAUCAAUUACUCCACAUCCAAUCAUUGUAUAUAUCUUAAGCACGAUAGCUAGUUGGUUCCCAAAUUUGGCAUAUGCUACCUUGGAGGGUCCCACAAGAGUCACUUCUUCUGAGCCUUGGAAAGAAUACCUCGCUGAAGAAGUUCUAUGCAGAGGAACUGGUACUUUAGGUCAAUUAAACAAUAUGAUUUCAAGAGGAUCAGACUUACUCUAUGGAGAUAUCUCAACAAUCAAUCCUAAGUUGAGAAUCUUGCUUCUACAUGCUGAUAAUGAUAGCGUUACAAGUAUUAAGGCCCUGGAAAAAUUUAUUGAUAGAGUAGACUUACCAAAGGAAAAUAAAAAAUUCCUUAAAGUGAAAAAUGCCUGUCAUUCUUUAUUUAUUGAAGACGACGUAGUGUAUGACAAUGUCAUUGAGCUGAUCAAUGCAUUUCUUAAUUAG